AUGCAGAUGCUAACAAAGUUUGAGAGCAAGUCGAACCGGGUCAAGGGCAUCGCCUUCCACCCCAAGCUGCCCCUGCUCGCCUCGUCGCUCCACAACGGCUCCAUCCAGCUGUGGAACUACCAGACGGGCACCAUCUACGACCGCCUCGAGGAGCACGACGGGCCCGUCCGCGGCAUCUGCUUCCACCCCAGUCAGCCCCUCCUCGUCAGCGGAGGCGACGACUACAAGAUUAAAGUGUGGAACCACAAGACCCGCAAGUGCCUCUUCACCCUCAACGGCCACCUCGACUAUGUCCGCACCGUCUUUUUCCACCACGAGCACCCCUGGAUCCUCUCGGCCUCCGACGACCAGACCAUCCGCAUCUGGAACUGGCAGAGCCGCACCUGCAUCGCCAUCCUCACCGGCCACAACCACUACAUCAUGUGCGCCCAGUUCCACCCAAAGGAGGACCUCAUCGUGUCGGCCUCCAUGGACCAGACGGUGCGCGUGUGGGACAUCAGCGGCCUCCGCAAGAAGAACACGUCGGCGCAGCCGAUGAGCAUCGAGGAGCAGAUCGCCCGCGCCAACAGCGGCCAGGCCGACCUCUUUGGCAACACCGACGUCGUCGUCAAGUACGUCCUCGAGGGCCACGACCGCGGCGUCAACUGGGCCUCGUUCCACCCGACGCUGCCCCUCAUCGUCUCGGCCGGCGACGACCGCCAGAUCAAGCUGUGGCGCAUGUCCGACACCAAGGCCUGGGAGGUCGACACGUGCCGCGGCCACUUCAACAACGUCUCGUGCGCCCUCUUCCACCCGCGCCACGAGCUCAUCAUCUCCGAUGCCGAGGACAAGACGAUCCGCGUGUGGGACAUGGGCAAGCGCACCGCCGUCCAGACGUUCCGCCGCGAGUCGGACCGCUUCUGGGUCCUCACCGCCCACCCGACGCUCAACCUCUUCGCCGCGGGCCACGACAACGGCCUGAUCGUCUUCAAGCUGGAGCGCGAGAGGCCCGCCUUUGCGCUGCACCAGAACAACCUCUUCUACGUCCGCGACAAGCAGGUCCGCUCGCUCGACUACGCCACGGGCGCCGACGUCCCGCUGCUCUCGGUCAAGCGCCUGGGCAACCAGUACGUCCAGCCGCGGACGCUGAGCUACAACCCGGCCGAGCGCUCCGUCAUCGUCACGUCGACCAGCGGCGAGCAGGGCGUCUUUGACGUGGCGCCGCUGCCGCGCGACCCGGCCGCGGCCGGCGGCGACCUGGCCGACUCGUCGAGCGUCGGCAAGCGUGGCCAGGGCUCGAGCGUCAUCUUUGUGGCGCGCAACCGGUUCGCCGUGCUCGACAAGGCGGCCCAGACGAUCGAGAUCCGCGACCUCAACAACGCCGUCACCAAGACCAUCACGCCGCCGCAGCCGACCAACGAGAUCUUCUUUGGCGGCACCGCCAGCCUCAUCCUCUCGACGGCCACCGGCGUCAUCCUCUACGACAUCCAGCAGCAAAAGGUGCUGGCCGAGCUGCAGAGUCCGACGGUCAAGUACGUCGUGUGGAGCCUCGACGGCGGCAUGGUGGCGCUGCUCAGCAAGCACACCAUCACGCUGGCCAACAAGACGCUCACCUCGAGCAACCUGAUCCACGAGACGAUCCGCAUCAAGAGCGCCGCCUGGGACGAGAGCGGCGUCCUCCUCUACAGCACCCUCAACCACAUCAAGUACGCGCUGCCCCAGGGCGACAACGGCAUCAUCAAGACGCUCGAGCAGCCCGUCUACCUGACGCGCGUCAAGGGCAAGACGGUGUCGUGCCUCGACCGCUCGGCCCGGCCCCAGAACAUCGCCAUCGACCCGACCGAGUACCGCUUCAAGCUGGCCCUCGUCCAGGGCAAGUUCGACGAGGUGCUGUCCAUCAUCAAGAACAGCAACCUCGUCGGCCAGGCCAUCAUCGCUUUCCUCCAGAAGAAGGGCUACCCCGAGAUCGCGCUCCACUUUGUCCAGGACAAGAGCACCCGGUUCGACCUCGCCAUCGAGUGCGGCAACCUCGACGUCGCCCUCGAGACGGCCGAGGCCAUCAACGCCGCCGAGGUGUGGGAGCGCCUCGGCGCCGCGGCGCUCCGCCAGGGCAACCACCGCAUCGUCGAGCGCGCCUACCAGCGCACGAAGAACUUUGAGAAGCUGAGCUUCCUCUACCUCAUCACCGGCAACGUCGACAAGCUGGCCAAGAUGGCCGUCAUCGCCGAAAAGCGCGGCGACCACCUCAGCCGCUUCCACAACUCGCUCUACCUCGGCAACGCCGAGGCGCGCUCCGCCGUUCUCCAGGACGUCGGGCUGCCCGCGCUCGCCUACGCGGCGGCCAAGACGAGCGGGCUCGCCGACCGCGCCGCCGCCACGGCCAUGACGCUGCUGUCGAGGCAGGCGGGCAUCGUCGACUUUGCGCCGCUCAAGCCCCUCUUCCUGGCGUCGUACCUGAGCGCGCGGAGCUUCCUUCCGGCCGCGCCGUCGGUGGGCCCGAUGGAGGUGCUGCUGCGGCGCAACAACGAGGAGAGCGAGGGCAAGGUGUCCAAGGCGCUGCCCGCGGCGCCGCGGACCGUGCAGCAGCUGACGUCGGUGGAGCUGCAGGAAGGGUACAAGGCCGUCAGCACCAACAAGCUGGCCGAUGCCGAGCACAUUUUCCGGUCGCUGCUGCACCAGCUGGUGCUGACGCCCGCCAAGACCGAGGCCGAGGCGAGCGAGAUCCAGGACCUGAUCGUGCUGUGCCGCGAGUACAUUCUGGGUGUCUCGAUUGAGCUGGGACGGCGGCAGCUGGUGUCGUCGGACCCUGGCAAUGUUUCGCGCAACCUGGAGCUGGCCGCGCUGUUUACGCACGCGCAGCUGCAGCCGCCGCACCAGAGCCUUGCGCUGCGGAGCGCCAUGACCGAGGCGCGCAAGGUCAACAACUAUGCGAUGGCGGCGAGCUUUGCACGGCGGUUGCUGGAGCUGUCGCCGGCGCCGGCGAUUGCGCAAAAGGCGCAGCAGAUUAUCUCGCUGGCGGAGCGGAGCCCCAAGGACGCGGUCGACGUGGCGGGCUACGACCCGCUGGAGCGCACGUUUGUCGUCUGCGCGGGCAGCCACGUGCUGAUCCCGGCGGGCGGUGUGGGUUCGGUGCAGGACCCGCUGACGGGGGCGCGCUACCUGCCCGAGUUCAAGGGUACGCUCUGCCGCAUCUCGCAGAUCAGCGAGGUGGGCAAGCUGGGCGGCGGACUGCGCAGCUUUGCCGGGUAG